AUGAGAAAAGUCUUCGUUGCUUUGGCUUUAGUUGCCAUCAUCGUCAGUGCUACCAUGCUCCCUGAAGUUAGACAAAGAGCUAAAGUCAGCUUACAAAAGCUUCACAAGAGCAGAAUUGGUAAGAACAUCGUUACUGCCAUCUAACUCGAAUUGAGCUCAAAGAACCGUGAUAACAUUAUUGUUAACAUCCUUGCUCUCCUUAAUGAUUUAUUGAACGAUUAAUCCACUUAAUUAACCAAAGCUCAAUCUGACUUAGCUGAUAAGUAAGACUAUUGUGGAUCUAGCAUUGAAUCUUAUCAAAACUAAAUCGCCUCCAAGCAAGCUGAUAUUGCUAACGCUUAAGCUUCCCUCCCUGCUCUCCACGCUGAAUUAGAAACUGACUAAGCUAACUUAGCUGACUAAGAAGCCAAAUUAGACAGAGCUCAACAAAAUUUAGCUGAAGCUAAUGACCUCAACGAUGCUGCUGUUGCUGCCUUCAACACCUCCAUUGCUAACCACAAUGCUAUGAUUGAUGCCCUUAAAUAAGCUAGAGCUCUCAUCGUCCAACUCUAAUCUUCUUCUUUCCUUUAAAAGAACAACGCCGUCCUCAUCCAACUCUCCAACCACAAGGCUUUGGCUUUGAAGAAGCUCGAAGGACACGCCAAGAAAUCUCUCUUCUCCCUCUUAAUGCAAAUGGCUCAAGAUGUUGGUAUCCAAGCUGACUAAACCCUCGUCGGAAACGUUCUUACUGUUAUUGACGAUUUACUCCAACACGAAUAAGACGGUAUUGAUGCUGAAACCUAAGCUGAAAACUAAAGAGUUGAAGAAUACAACGCUGCAGUCAUUGACUUCAACAAUUAAAUCAGUGAUGCUCAAGGUUAAAUCGCCUCCUUAAAUUAAGAUAUCUAAACUCUUACCAACAAUAUUAAUGACACCGAAAAUAACAUCGCCACCUGGUCCUAAUAAGUUUCUGACUUACAAGGUGUCCUCGACGAACUCCAAAACUAAUGCAAUGCUGAUAUUGCUCACUUCUAAGAUUUAAUCUAAGAAUUAAACGGAAUUAUUGAUAUCAUCCAACAAGUUAUCGCUAUCUUCGAAGGUCAAUCCAUCUAAGACGUCAAGCCCCUUUUCGAUGACAUUAGCGUAGAUGACGGUCUCGGAAGUGCUGAAAGCGCUUGA